AUGGAUCCACGGUUGCCUCCACAGCUGCCUCCACCGCCUUCUCCAAGGAUGCCUCCCACACCUGCGUCCUCGUCCAGGGAGGAGGAGGCCUCGCCGGAUGAGACACCGCCCACCACGUCCGAUUCUAGCAUUGUACCACCGGAUCCCCCUUGUCAGACGAUGAGGUGUGAUGAGAUCAUUGAUGAGCUACCGAGGGCCAAGAAGGCCUGGACGAGCUCGUCAGAGGAGGAACUUGUUGAUGAUGAUGACGCUGUCGCCGAUAGUGGCGACGAAGAUAAUGACGACGACGACAAGGACGAUGAUGACAGCAAUGAUGGUGGCAUCGAGGAUGACAACGAUGAUGAAAACAUGGCUAUGAACUUUUGUUCAUAG